GUGCUUCCGCCGACCCCAAUUUGGCGAGAAAAGUGAACAUGGUGCGAUGUUGUGACCAUUGUUGGGAAACUUGGAAAGUGGUGUCUGAAAGCUGCUUCGCGAAUGCCCACAUUGGGAUUUUGACUUUUCUCUUGGAUUGCAAUGAAAACCACUAGUGCUAUUAAAGAAAUCCAACCUUAUUCUUUUGUAAGCGUUUUCGUGAUCCCAUACACACCCUUGUUAAAGUUCGUUGAUCAUGGAGCUCUCUGCGCCCUUCAGAUUUCGAUCAAGGAACCUCAACUCACCCUUCACACACAUACCCAUCAGCCACCCUUUCAAGCAUCCACCACCCUUUUCAACCAAGCUCGUUAACAAGCCCACAAAUUCUACACUAACGCUGAGAGCAUUGAGAAAGGAACCUAUUGAAGGGCUCAGCGAUGAGUUGAACGCUAUUGCACGUCGUAACCUUGACUUCGCUUACACUAGAAGAAGGGUUCGCGAUGCUUUCACCGAGGUGCAUCAGCAGCUGGAUCAUUGCUUGUUCAAGAAUGCUCCUGCAGGGAUCAGAACUGAAGAAUGGUACGAAAGGAAUUCAAGGGGAUUAGAAAUUUUUUGCAAAAGUUGGAUGCCAAGGCCAGAGAUUCCACUCAAGGCUUCUGUGUGUUUCUGUCAUGGAUAUGGUGAUACUUGCACCUUCUUUUUUGAAGGUAUAGCCAGGAGAAUUGCAGCAUCUGGGUAUGCUGUCUUCGCAAUGGACUAUCCAGGUUUUGGUCUUUCAGAAGGCUUGCAUGGUUAUAUACCAAACUUUGAUUAUCUGGUUGAUGAUGUUAUAGAGCAUUAUACAAAAAUUAAAGUCAGGCCUGAUCUGAGAGACUUGCCUAGAUUUAUAUUAGGGCAGUCAAUGGGUGGAGCAGUUUCUCUUAAAGUUCAUUUGAGGGAGCCAGAUGAUUGGGAUGGAAUGAUACUUGUAGCUCCAAUGUGUAAAAUUGCAGAUGACGUGUUACCAUCAGAUGCAGUUAUGAAGGUGUUAACUGUUUUUUCUAAAGUGCUGCCAAAGGCUAAACUCUUCCCAAAGCAGGACCUAGAUGAGCUCUUCUUCAGGGAACCGAGCAAAAGAAAAUUGGCUGUUUACAAUGUUCUAUGUUAUGAUGAUAAUCCACGGCUUAGAACUGGCAUGGAGCUUUUAAGAACCACAAAAGAAAUUGAGUCAAAAGUGCACAAGGUCUCAGCACCGUUAUUGGUUCUUCAUGGAGCAGAAGAUAAGGUGACUGAUCCAUUAGUGAGUAAAUUUCUUUAUGAGAAAGCAUCAAGCAAAGAUAAGACUUUAAAGCUGUAUGAAGGUGGUUACCACUGCAUUUUGGAAGGCGAACCUGAUGACAGAAUAUCUGCUGUACAUGAUGACAUUGUCUCGUGGCUUGAUUUUAGAAGUUCAAGUAAAUGAGGCAUCUCUCUUUCUUAUCGUUUC